UAUUAUUCCAUGGUUUCUGGGAGAAUCCACUACAAGAUAAUUAAAUAUAUAUUAGUUCAUUAGCAAUGACUACAGAGCUGGAAUUUUUGUAUUAGCCACUGUACUGACAGAAUUCAAUAUGGAUACAGAUUUGGAGUUUGAACAAAUAGAAGGUCACAUUGAAAAUCGAAAUCAGAUCCUCUCCGAAUUACAGGAAAUAUGCAAGAAAAAUUCGUGUAAUCAAAUUAUCGAUUUAGAUACCUGCAAUGAAAUGGGCGGGAAACAAGAAUCGAGUUUGUCCUUUGUGGAGGAUAUCCUAAUAGAAAUGAAUGGAAAGAGUUUGAAAAAAUUCAACGAACUGCGUAAUGCGAAGUGUUAUCGGUGCAAACAUUUUCAAAAUAUACCACGAAACAUUCUCGAAGAUAGUGAAAAGGCGUCGAAUUUGACGGAACGAUACGAGGCUGAUUUGAUGUUCAUACAAGCUAUAGUUUGGUUGAAAUCGUUAACGAGAAUUAUGAAAGAUAUCUCGCAUGAACAGUUUCGUUUGGUAUUCCACAAACAGUGGAACACUGCUUUGCACAAAAGGGACGACGCUGAGGCUGAUAAUAAAAAUAUACGUUCCCAAAGCGGAAGGCGUACAAAGUCUCCAAACCCAAUCUUAUCGUUUAAUGUUAUUCAAGAACGUGAUUUAACUUUGUACAAUAGUCGAGACCGCAUCGACAUUGAGUCAUCCAAUAACACCGAACAUAAGAAAAAGCACAGUAUAAUACAAUUCGGACGAGACGCAAAGCAAAAUGGCGAACAUUUUCCAAGAACCACUAGCACCCCGUCCAAUUCUUCCUCUCGAAGUACUCGAAGUUUCAUUAGAAGCCUCACGGAGAACGCACUUCCGAAUCACAUUAUUCCGGACUCGCAAAGCGAGUAUUCAUCUUGUUCGGACAUAUUCAAAGAUUCCUCGAGAAGCGAAGAUGCGCGUACGGCGAGCCAAAACAGAAUAGAAAAUCAAUUACCAAACGAAGACAGCAUGAACGUCGAAUCGAUAGAAUUGCCUUCGUUCCAAUCGCAAGAAUUGCCUUAUCGCAGCGAUUCUUCGCAGACAAUUAUUCCAGAGUCGAAGAGCGACCUUUCGGUUAAUUCUGCCAAAGUCGAUUCGAUAGAUAUAUUUAACGGAAAAUCUUCGCUAUACGGAGAAAGCGUUGAUAACUCGCAGGGGGAAGAUAAAUGGCCGUCGAAACUGACUAUGCGAAGAAUGACACAGAACUCGAAGACAUCCGACUCUCGUUUCUGCAUCAACAAACUUACCAUUUCAUCGAAUCACACCGAUCAGCACUCUAUGAAAGAUGAGAACGCCAUUUCGAAUUCGAGGGACUGCUUCACUCCUCGCAGGAAAUCCAGCGUUCUCGAUUCCUUCGAAUUCCCUGCGAACGUGGACGAGGAGGAAUGGAUUCUCGAUGGAAACCGGAAGUCCUCGUUGUCUUCGUUGGAAUUGUCGUUGCGCCGAUGCGAUGGGCGCGUUGAUUCGACUCAGGUGAUUCAGUCGUCUCAGGUAAAUUUAAUGGAAGGUGUAGGGUUCGGGGAGACCCGUGGGAAGAGAAGGAAAAUGGAGAACGAAGGGAAACGAAUUUCUUCGAGAUGGUUGAGGUUUACGCUGGAAGCUUUGAAUACCGAUGAUGUUGCCUUCCAAUCGAUGAAAGUCAUUCUCUCGGUGCUGCUGAGCGAAAAACUGGCGGUACAGUACAUGAGGAGCAGGUGCUGGAAGAACACUUUGGAAAUGCAGGCGGUAAACGCUGUGCUGGAUUUCUCCGAGAUUUUCGAAAUGGAGAAGAAAAGUAAUGCGUGCACGAAUGAAAUUGUGCUGGUGAUUACGCAGCUGUUGGAUAGGAGCAUUCGGAACGUAGAAUUGAAUAAGGUUACAAUAUUAACUCACCGGAUAUCCAUUAUCUUAGAGCUGUGCGCUUCUAUGGGAGUUUGCAUCGAAAUAAUCAAUUAUCUAACAGCGAAACUGAAAUGUUACGAAAGUAUCUUGAUCUCAUUAACAAAUAGCAGAAAAGCGAAUGUCCACGGUACAGCGAAUCAAUUGCACAUUAUAUUUUAUUCGUUAAGCAUCUGCUUGGGAAAAUAUCUGCUGGUGUUCACUAAUAAACCUGACAAUCAGUUCGAAGAAGAAACAACGCUAUCCGUCGUUGAAUUAUGGAAGAAACAAUUGAAAUUUGAGGGCGUUAUACUGCAGGAGAGCAUUCAAGCACGAGAACGUCGGUGGCAAAUGAUACUUAACGACUUCAGUACAAUUGCAAUGGAAACCUUCGUUCCAUUCACGAAAAUGUCGCGUCGAUUGUUAAAUAUAUUAAUGCGCUGAUAAGCAACGUUUGAACGUUUAACACUAGAUUUAGAUGAGUCACUUUGACUCAUAUUGAAUUUUAUAAACAUUAUUUGAUAAAUGUUUGUGAUUAUGGUUCCGAAUAAUACAUUUUAACAUUUGAUCUUCUAAAUCUAAACGAACAUCAAUCUUUCUGGGAACAAUAAAUGUGAAUCUAGCGUUAAUAAUUGAAUGUAACACGUCACUCUAACGAUAUAUUUUUUAAACAAACAUUUCGUUUCGAGUCCUGCAGUCUUUAUUCGUUAUAAGCUUCCCAACUUAUAGCGAAAGUACUUAAACACGUAAACAUUGUUAAUUUGUUUCUAUUAUUACAUGUUGUCACAGUGAAAUUAUAUGUAACGUGUACCUUGCUUACGCGAAAUAUACAGAUCAACUAGUAUGUAAAGAGAACAAGUACAAACAAGAAUAUAAAUAUCACGUUAUGCGGUUUAUGAGAUUCAGAUCGAUUGUAAAUAUCCGUUUUCCAUUCGAUUUCCAGAUUAACGGUUUGAAUUUUCUUUCGGUGACACAACGACACUGCGUUUGCUGGGAUCAAGUCGAAAAACAUAUCUAAGAACGUAUCCAAAGGACAAAUUUCGGUGCAAUUUGGUACCGUCAGAGGAAUAGUGUCACCUUCCACUCCUGUAUAGUAAUUAAUCUGAAACAGUAAUAUUUGAAAUUUGUGUAAAAUUCAUUGAAAAACCUGAAAUUAAAGAAAUGAUCUCAAGCAAAUAAUUAACGAUAAUCUUCAUAUGACCUUGGAAUCCAAAAUGUGAUAAAACAGCUAUCGUGUAAGCGUAUUCAAAUAUAAUUUUCACCUAUUACGAGACAGAAUGGAAAAUAUGCACGUUUCCCAGAUAAAAAAUGCCGAUGGCCUAGAAAGACACUCGUAAAAACUGACCCAAUACAAAAAUUGUUUGUCUCAAGAUAUACUAUCUCCGAAACCGUAUAAACUGCGCUAUAAAGCUUGUUCGUAGCGUAAAAAGCAAAGAAGACAGUUGGCUAGAGCACUCAGUAUAUUUUAGAGUCACGGUUUCCAACCUGGGAAGAGUAAUUGCCAGGAAAGGCGCCAAAAUUUUUAAUAAAAAAUUAAUGUUCAUACCACAGUAUCUACAAAUAAAUAAACUUCAUAUCGUAACAGUACGAUAAAAACGCAUGGAUUUUAUAUAAAGAAUCCACGGGAGAAGAAAUUUCGAGGCAGGAAUCUUUAUUUCAAUUGGCAGAAGAACUUGCCAUUGAAUAUUAAAAAGAACUAGAGUUAGGCAAAGAAAAUCAAGCAACACCCGUCACAAAUACAAGUACAGGUUCACGCGACCGGAAACCAUGCCGUAAGAUAUUGCACAAACAAUAAGACUAACAAAAUCUGUCUACAAUGUAAAAAGUACGUGGGAAAUGUACAAUCGACAAACCUAUUUGUAAAA